UCGCCACGGCCCCAUCUGACGAGCGGCCAUUCAUCAGGCCGGCUGGCCUAUCAAUGACAUUGCUCCCGUCGGGGCUCCUAUAAAAUGAUGCUUUUUCCCAUGAAACAUCCGCAAACAUUUUGACGGGUUUGGCUUUGCCCGGCUGGAUUACUGAGUGUCCCUUGCUCGCUCGCGCUCUCUACCUUCUCUACGCGCUCUCCCUUCCCUCUUUUUUUCUUUCCUCUUCAUUCUCUUUCUUGUUCUUUCCUCUUUUAUCCGUGAGCCCUCUCAUCCUGAGCAUCUCUCUCUUUUCCUUCUCCUCUUCCCUCACCCGCUUCCUCCCUGGGCAUCGCUAACACAGGGAAUCCCCACACAUCAGGAUUCGGGGGGCGCCUGCGCUUUCCAUGGGAAGAGCAUGCAUUGUGGGUUACUGGAGGAACCCGACAUGGAUUCCACAGAGAGCUGGAUUGAAAGAUGUCUCAACGAAAGUGAAAACAAACGUUAUUCCAGUCACACAUCUCUGGGAAAUGUUUCUAAUGAUGAAAAUGAGGAAAAAGAAAAUAAUAGAGCAUCCAAGCCCCACUCCACUCCUGCGACUCUACAAUGGCUGGAGGAGAACUAUGAGAUUGCAGAGGGGGUCUGCAUCCCCCGCAGCGCGCUCUACAUGCAUUACCUGGACUUCUGCGAGAAGAACGACACGCAGCCCGUCAAUGCCGCCAGCUUUGGAAAGAUCAUAAGGCAGCAGUUUCCUCAGUUAACCACCAGAAGACUCGGGACCCGAGGACAGUCCAAGUACCAUUACUACGGCAUCGCAGUGAAGGAGAGCUCCCAAUAUUAUGAUGUAAUGUACUCCAAGAAAGGAGCUGCCUGGGUGAGCGAGACGGGCAAGAAAGAAGUGAGCAAACAGACUGUGGCAUAUUCACCCCGGUCCAAACUUGGCACGUUACUGCCUGAGUUUCCAAAUGUAAAGGAUCUCAAUCUACCAGCCAGUCUGCCCGAGGAGAAGGUCUCUACCUUUAUUAUGAUGUACAGAACACACUGUCAGAGAAUACUGGACACUGUAAUAAGAGCCAACUUUGAUGAGGUUCAGAGCUUCCUGCUGCACUUUUGGCAAGGGAUGCCGCCCCACAUGCUGCCCGUGCUGGGCUCCUCCACUGUGGUGAACAUCGUCGGUGUAUGUGACUCCAUCCUCUACAAGGCCAUCUCUGGGGUGCUGAUGCCCACCGUGCUGCAGGCACUACCUGACAGCUUAACUCAGGUGAUUCGAAAGUUUGCCAAGCAGCUGGAUGAGUGGCUGAAAGUGGCCCUCCAUGACCUCCCAGAAAACCUGCGCAACAUCAAGUUCGAAUUGUCGAGAAGGUUUUCCCAAAUUCUGAGACGGCAAACAUCACUAAAUCAUCUUUGCCAGGCAUCUCGAACGGUGAUCCACAGUGCAGAUAUCACAUUCCAAAUGCUGGAAGACUGGAGGAACGUGGAUUUGAGCAGCAUCACCAAGCAAACCCUUUACACCAUGGAAGACUCUCGCGACGAACACCGGAAACUCAUCAUCCAGUUGUACCAGGAGUUUGACCAUCUCUUGGAGGAGCAGUCUCCCAUCGAAUCCUACAUCGAGUGGCUGGAUACCAUGGUGGACCGAUGUGUGGUGAAGGUGGCCGCCAAGAGACCAGGGUCCCUGAAGAAAGUGGCUCAACAGUUCCUCUUAAUGUGGUCCUGUUUUGGCACAAGGGUGAUCCGGGACAUGACCUUGCACAGUGCUCCCAGUUUCGGGUCUUUCCACCUAAUUCACCUGAUGUUUGAUGACUACGUCCUCUACCUGUUGGAAUCUCUGCACUGUCAGGAGCGGGCCAAUGAGCUCAUGCGAGCUAUGAAGGGUGAAGGAAGCACGGCAGAGGCGCAAGAAGAAAUCAUCUUGACAGAGGCUGUGCCACCCACACCUUCACCAGUGCCAUCGUUUUCACCAGCAAAAUCUGCCACGUCUGUGGAGGUGCCACCUCCUUCCUCCCCUGUCAGCAAUCCGUCCCCUGAGUACACUGGUCUCAGCACUACAGGAGCGAUGCAGUCCUACACGUGGUCUCUAACAUACACGGUGACAACGGCUGCUGGCUCCCCAGCGGACAACUCCCAACAGCUGCCCUGCAUGAGGAGCACACACAUGCCCCCAUCCUCGGUCACCCACCGGAUACCGGUCUACCCCCACAGGGAGGAGCACGGAUACACGGGAAGCUACAACUACGGGAGUUAUGGCAACCAGCAUCCUCACCCAAUGCAGAGCCAGUACCCAGCCCUUCCUCAUGACACAGCCAUCUCUGGGCCACUCCACUAUGCCCCUUACCAUCGGAGCUCUGCACAGUACCCUUUCAAUAGCCCCACUUCCCGGAUGGAGCCUUGUUUGAUGAGCAGUACUCCCAGACUGCAUCCUACCCCAGUCACUCCCCGAUGGCCCGAAGUGCCCACAGCCAACACGUGCUACACAAGUCCGUCUGUGCAUUCCACAAGGUAUGGAAACUCUAAUGACAUGUACACACCCCUGACCACGCGUAGGAAUUCCGAGUACGAGCACAUGCAACACUUUCCUGGCUUUGCUUAUAUCAACGGAGAGGCCUCCACAGGAUGGGCUAAAUGACUGCUAUUAUAGGAAAAUCCCUAUUUAAUAUUAAUAAUAAUUAAUAAUAAUAAUAAUAAACCCAAUACCCACCCCCCAGAAGACUUUAUCUCUAUACAUCAUAACUCUUGGGCUGUCCCUAAGUGUCCGUUUUCCUAAUGAAUGUGAGAAUGGGAUUCAAUAUGGGAUAAAUAAACUUUAGUUCAAAAACAGGACUUACUAAAAGUCAGUGGGAUUGGGUUCCUGUAGCCAAGCCAGGCUGUUUGUAUAGAGCACUAUCUUGGGCAGGCCAUUCUGUGCCUUUUCCCUCUAUUCCAUGACUUUGCUUUGUAUUGUGUUGGCAACGACUCCCAGUAAGCUACUUAUUUUCUGUUGACAAAAGCUCUUUAGUCUUGAAGGAUGGAUACUGGAAAUGGAGUCUGCUUUGUGUUCUUGGAUGGGCACACCGUUUUCCAAGAGCAUUCACCUCGCCAUCUGUCUGUCAUCUUACUGUACAAUGUUCUACACCUCCCUUCCUCCUGUUGGUGGCAUCACUACUUCCUGGAACACCAGGGCUAAGUGGAGGGAGGUGACUGGAAGCUCUAGAUUCCCUGUUAAACGGGUGUCUGUCAUAGUACCUGCAUUGUCUUGGAAUGUAAGCACUAGCUCGAGAGAAGGAAGAGGCCUGUUCUGUAUUGCCUUAAGUUGACUGAGGUCUGUAGGGGACCAGUUCUUCUUCAUGCAAGGAGUUGUCCUAAGUUUGCACAAUGGUUAGUGUCAGCAAAAGACAGGAGAGGGACUUUUUGAAAUUCUGUGAGUAUGUGCAUUUAUGGUAUUGAGUGUCACACUCCAUUCUACUGUGUUAACUUUGUGAAAUUGGAUGGGCCAAAUUUAAGUUUCAAAGCAGCAAGUGUGAAAAUUACUUUCAUGGUUCCUUCAUAAAACUAUGAUUUCCGACACUUUGAUAGAAAGAAAAAUUCAAAGCUGUGCCUUUGAGCCUAUACUAUUCUGUGUAUGUGUGGAAAUAAAAAAAAAUUGUAUUGUACUUUUGGAAAAUUUUUUCGUAGGCAUUUUUCUGUCAGAUUUGUAGCAAUUUGUGAGGUUUGUUAGCGAUUAACAUAGGUUUUCUUUCUGUAUUAUAAAAUGCACCAAGCAAUUAUGGUGGACCUAUUACCCUAUGGGUAAGAAAUAAAUGGAAUAUGACAUCGGAUGUUUUAGCAAUUGUUCUGUAAAUAAAAUCUUUGAUCACACCACUCCGUGUGAUAAUCAUGUCUACGGCUAAAAUGGAAAUAGUUUUAUCUGUACAGUUGUGCAAGAUAUGAAUGGUUUCACACUCAAAUAAAAAGUAUUGAAA